GUUUGCUAGAUUAGCAGCAGCAGCCUCUUCCGUUUGCCACGCCUGUUUACAAUUGAACGAUUUCCUUUGCCGAUGUAUCUUUGUCACAAGAAGGGAUGUGGUGAAACAAAUGUUGCCGUAAGAAUGAGUCCAUUGCAACAAGUUUAGUUGGCAUACAUUCAUCCAACAGACGCGCACGCUAAAGAAAGAAGGUAUGUUCUGUUCGAGCCUCUCGUGGAGUGAAUACUUGUUAAUAUAUGGCUAGGGCUGCUAAUGUCAUUUUAGGACUGGUUGAGGAUAGCAAUAGGCUAUUUGAAGAAGGAAAAACAAGUAGCCUCGUUACACACUGUAGAGUAAAGCUAUAGUUUACAUUGAGAAUUAUUUUGAAUGUGUUGUCACGGGUUUCUCUAGAGGUAUAUAGCUAGUGUAGCCUAACCAGCCGCUAGUGGGCGCUAGAUCGCACUAGCGGCUGCCUAGGAUAAACUAGGGCCUUUGUCUUACAGAAUUUUGCCUGUGUGGAUAGUUCAUUUCAAAUUUUAAACGUAAUCGUAGAAGUCAGUGGCCUAGACUCCUAGAGUGAUAGUUUUCUAAGCAUUCUACUUGCCUGACGACGCAAACUGAAUUCUUACGCAGUUUUAUGUUCGCUACAUACUUCAGUCAGAGACUGCCAUCAUUGAAGUCGUUUGUGUUGAUGUCAAAAGAGGGGGGUGUUGUACAAAACAAAGUCAUCAGCAAUGGGAUCGUCUCUAACUAAUCAGCAUAUCAAAGGCAAUGACGAAUUUUCAAAACGCUGCUUUGUACCCAUCCGUUUCUGGAACCAAUCAAAACGGCUAGAAUGUGUUUGCCUUCUAGAAAAUGUUGAGGUGGGACUCAAAUUCAGACUCAUUGCGGAGAAUAAAUGUUUGUGGGCAUGGCGUUUGACCAGAGUGAUGAGUUUCGGUAGCCAGCCAAGCAUUCAACCCACAAGGACUCAUUAUCUUGGGCUGGACAAGGCGUACAUGUUACUGUAUGUUCAAGGAAAGGCCAGGACAGCUUGGCUCUAAAUUGAUGUUUGAAGUUUAUGUAUAAAUACCCUGACUGAUGGAAAAUCAUUGAGCAACACAUUCAAACACACAGCUGCAGAGAGCUGCCCUAGGCUUUACGAAUUCACAGAGCUAAAGUGUCCAAGAUUAUCCAGUAAAAUAAAUAAAAUUAUAUCACCAAAGACAUCUAGUCUUACCAGGCAAGAACUAUAUGGCUGAGUCUAUAAUAAGAAAUGUAUACAAGAAAACUAGUCUUGUUCCCAGAAAAGUAUGGCAAGCAAGCUACAAGAAGACUCAUUGGCUCUUGAACAACAUUGUCAGUAAUUCAAUGAGCAUACCUAUGCCAUCUGUGAGUAAAGGCAAACAUGUUGUUGCUAGGGCAGUAUCCACAACUGUUCUUCCUCAAAUGAGAGUAACAAAGAAGUACAGCGGGCUAAAAUAAUUCGAUCAGUGGCAGCUUCAAGAGAGAGGUAAGAAAUUAACUUUGAUUACAUUGAUAAGUGUAUUUUUCGUUGUAUUCAGACAACACAGUAGGAGCUUUUUUCUGCACUGAUAUCAUAUCUUGUAGUAUAGGCAUAAAGGUAACAAAGAAGGUAAUGUGGCAGACUGUGUGUUCUAUGUCAGUCUUUGUUCUGUAGUUAAGCUUUGAUUGACACUACCCUCAUGAUCAGUGUUCUAGAGAGACACUCUAUAGUCGUUUGCCAUAGGUCAUUUCCAUGAGCACCAACAGGUGAAGUUCACAGGAGCAUAUCAAAUUGGGUGUCAAAUGAAAGCUAAGUCUAUAUUUUUUGGAAAUGAAGGUAUAAAUACAUUUCCCAACCAUUUUCCAUCUUAAAAUGUGGCUUUGAUUUCUGGUCAAACAGAUGGAAAAGGUGUCUUAGGAAACAUCUAACAUAAAAAGUCUUAAGUAUUAGAAAUACAUCAAAACACAAUGUUGAAGUAAAGACCCCUGCCAACUAAUAUCAACACUUUUAUAUUUAGUUUUGGAGAAAUGAUUUGCCUUCAGUAAGUUUAAGAAACAUUGCCUUGUGCCUUGUAAUUCCAUUACCAAAAACCCACAUCUUUAAGAUAUUAUCUAGGAUAUUAAGAUAUUACCUAAUUUCUCACCCUUUUGAGAGAGGAUAAUGAAGGUUCACAGAAGUAACAAGUAAAGGUAGACCUACCAAUUAGUUAGUGUUUUUACUGAUUUACAUUUUUGUAUAUGAAUUAUUAAGUGAUUAAAACUCGUAAUUCUGUUACCAAAUCGGUAACAGAAUUGCAAAGAAAUCCAUUACGGAAUUACUGCAUUUGAAUGGGCUACAAUGCGAAAUCAUAGUAGUCACAAACCGCAGUUGGUUCACCUACUACUGUCCUCCCUUCCACUGGCAUACUGUUAUGUUCAGCUCAUGCUUGUUUUCUUUCUUGUUCUGUCUUCUGGGUGGUCAAAGCAAGAAUGUGAACAGUCUGGACAACACCUCCCUCUCUCGCUGCCUCUCUCUCUUCUCUCUGGCCUUUUCUCAUUUGGGCAAAAGUCUGUCCUCUCUCCUCCGUGACCUGGAAACCGAUAAGUGGUUGCGGAGUGUGUCAGUUCGUUAGUAGGCAAACGGAAGACGGUCCUCCCAUCCUUGAUAGCCUCCUUUUGAUGAGGAAGAACAAGUGUAUCCUACCACGGAAGAGUUUUGAUAUCUGCCACACCCCCUUUGAAUCAGAUGUUGUAUUGCUGGAGGAAAAAAUAAUGCACACAUUUAAAAACAAUAUUGUACUUAUCCUUUUUAUCUAUACAAUUCUUGCACAAAUCACUUUACACGUUUAUUUUGGGAUCCACCCCUGGAAAUGUCAUUUGCCUGAUGGUACAUGAGAAGGUGCUUCUCAUUUCAUAAAAGUCUACGUUCACUUUCCUCGCCGCCUCUCCUUGAUUACCUUUGACCUUUUUUAAAAGGAGGUGAGAGGACGGAGGAGAGAGGACGCGGGAGUUUAGCAAAUCUAAUUGAGAAAAGGCCUCUCUCAGUUAAUGUUACCUCUUCCGGCUCUUAAUGACAUCCAUGAGCCAUGAAAAAUGUAUGCACUCACUAACUGUAAGUCGCUCUGGAUAAGAGCGUCUGCUAAAUGACUAAAAUGUAAAAUGUAAUGAGCCCCCUCUCUUUCCAUUUACUGUAACCAGCAUCCGCACCCACUGAGCACCGACUGUCACCGGACACCCAUGGACAUUGAAAUAUGUUCAGUCUGCCCUGGCCUUGAUUUCAACGUCCAUGGACGUUGAUUUGGCCCAAACAUAAACGUCCAUGAUUGGUGACUGGACCAAAUCUGAACCAAUCGUAGAUGUCUAUGUUUCACAAGUUUGGACAACAGUAGAGGAUAUUUCAGUACAGUAGAGCCCACUAUAGUACGGUAUAUUGUACUGUACUCUACUGUCCUGUACUCUACUGGGCUGUACUGUGAUGUCCAAACUUGUGAAAUAUAGAUGUCUAUGAUUGGUUUAGAUUAGGUCCGGACCAACCAAAUUUGGUUUGGGGGCGGGGCUCAUUAGAAUAAUAGCCAGUGUGUAGAAUAAUACCCAUGUAUGCAAAGGAUGAGAUUGCCUAUUUCUACCUUUGUGUACCUAUUCAGGGUACAUCACCAUGAAGAAAGUGACAUUCAUAUCCAUAAUUAUGCAUUUCUGUGUAGUACAGAUCAGGGACCCAUGAUGUAAUUCCGUUACCGUAAUUUUGUUACCGGGUGUAAAUCCACUUCACUUACUGUAGUUCAAUAACCAAAAUAUAUUUUUUUAAACUCAAGAUGUCAUGUCAUAGCUGACACCCCAUUCUUUCUGCAGACACCUUUUGAAUCUUAAUUCGGAGUAGACAUUUAAGAGUUUUUGGAAAACGUGGUCGCAUAAAAACGGAGGGAGAUUUUACCGUCAUUCUGUUACCGUACUUUGCAUCUGCAAAGUUCUUCCAAUAAAUGUGUUUUUGUUAAAUUGUCUGUGUAAAUUGUUCAAAGUAGCCCUUGUGCAUAGAGUCGUAUGGUUUGUUAAACUUGGUUUUGAAAACAAUGGUUUUGGUUUGGUAUACAUUUUUUAAGGGAAAAUUCUGAGUCAGCGUAAUUUCCGUUAUCGUGGAAAUUGUCAACAAGACAUACUCAAACCGGCAGGGAGGAUGCUAGAGGGAGCGCAACACCCCAGACACACAAAGAGCAUUGGCUGUCUGUUUUGAAAUUGUAUUUACAAUAAUUUUGGUUCACAAUGAGUCCAGGAUGGAAUCUCACUAUCAUUUAAAUAUAAUCGAGCUUAUGAGAGCUAUUCAACUUCGUGACGAAUACAGAUAAGAUUAUGGUUUACAUAUGUUAUUUCAGCAUUACUUGACUGACGGCUCUAGCUGGAUGGAUGCUAAAUGUUUGUGUUUAUAUGGCUGGUCUGUUUGGUUGUAGCUAUGCUAAUAUAAGGUAUACUGCAGAAGUGGACAAAGGGCAGUGUUCUUCCUCCUCUUAUCUGUGCUACCAACCCUGACCACACAACAGAUAGUGGUACCAGUAGUAAAGCACAAGUGUCUUUGGUUUACAUCUCAACAACUGUUUACAGACUGAAAUGUAUAUUUUGCUGUCAAUUUCAGCAGCCGCCUUGGACACAUGAUGCAUCUCUGGGCCUCUCCCCGUAACCAUGGCACUGGGAGUUGACAGGGCCUUCCCAGCAUCCGUCUGUUCGAUGGAGUCCAAGGGCUGCAGUGGGCAAUGGAAGACCCGGAUUCCAGAGUCUAUCAGGAUUGGGACGGGGACAACCACAACGCAGCAUUCCAAAGACAAAGACAAAGACAAAGACAGGGAGAGGGGGACAGGGGACAGGGACCGGGGUGGUCCCAGGAAGAGUGUUACCAUGGCACCCACUUCCAGGUAUAUGAGUGACAGGAGGCAGUACUCUAUGAGGAAACCGCUGGUCACCACUACAGAGCAGCAGACCUCCAUCCUAAAGAAAUCAUACCUACAGGAGCACCCAGAAAAGGUGAGAUGGGAGUGCGUAAGCUUUCUAACAAAUGCAUUGACUGCUACUAUUGUAUGACUUAUGACAAGUAUUACAACAACGUUAGAUUUAGAUUACCUUUGACUGCACAUUUUAAACUAAUUCUACUACUACUGUACAAAUAACAGCAAUGAACACCACAUUGUAUGUUAGCUCUACCUAAUGUCCUAUUCCUUCCCUAUUCUUUCACCAUAGGAGCGACAGUGGGAAGGUAGCAGUAAUGAAGCACACCAUCAUAGCGAGUUCCAGACCAGAUGGGCUGAACAGAAGUUCCCAGACAACCGCAACCCCUCUCAGGCCAACAUCACACCCUGCUCAGCCUCCAGAGAGGACCUCAGCACCUCCCUGGGGAUGUCAGACCUCAGGACCUGGCUGUCACAUGAAGAACCCACCUUCAGCUCAUCGUACCUGGGCAGCAGGCCCGGCCGACGCAGCCUCUCCAGCCCACCCCUGGAGGGCCAUACCAUCUCUACUCCACUCAGCCCCAAGUGGACCUCCACUCUGCUAUCCCCCCUCUCGCCCUCCUACAUCCCCCCUUCGCGCCCGUCCAGACAGAGACGGACAGAGCUGAGAGUGGAUGCAGGUGAAGUUUGUCAAUCACAUGGAGGAGGAAGGGAAACGUAUCUAAACGUAGGCCCUUCAGUGGGCUACUCCAAGGGACGCUCCAACCCUGCGCUCCACACCAUGUCCCCCCACCAGGCCAACUACUGGGCCUGCGCCAUUCCCAGCUCCCUACCCCCCUCCCCAGACCGACGCUCUUCGAGCUGGGACCCUGAUAAGGAGUACCAAGCCCUCCUGGACUACACCUACCCCCUGAGGCCAGGUAGGGUGGUGGGUGGGUGGGAUACCUCAGAUGCAGGGGGUGGGCCUCUCAUCCAGACAGAACCAGGCCUCCAGGACUCGGGAAUAGAACUGGACCGCCUCUGCAGCUCCACCAGCCUGUCAGCUUUGGACUUUUCCCUGAGGGGCACGGCGGGGACAGGUAGGGCCAGGGAGAGGGGGAUGCUGGGUAUAGGUCAGAGGUCAUCUGAGUUGCAUGGGCUCUCACACCCCAAGUCCUCUGAUGGUCGACUCUCCAGUAGCCCCUUCUCCUCUGCGGACCCUCUUGGUCUAUCCGUGGAGAGUCUGGACUGUAGUGGAGGUGGUGGUCUAAAUCCUUUGCAUCGUAGCUGGGAAGGUCGCUACCGCCAACACGGCAUCUCCUCCUCCUCUUCCACCACGUUCAUCCGCACCACCAGUAUCCUUCCCCAGCCAGGGUGCCUCGGAGGGGGGGCUUGGGAUGAGGAGUUCUGGCCUCUCCCGGAGCAGUUGGAGGAGCUCCAGGGUUUGUCCCGGCAGGUCAGGGAGGUAACGGCCCAACUCAACCAGCCUGUCACAGCCAGCUGGGAGUCCCUGGAGAGGGGGACCACCUCUGUCCAGUCCUCCAUGACCCUGGCUGAGAAACAGGAGGCAGAGGAGGAGAGAAAAGAGCAGGAGCAGAAUGAGGAGGAAGAAAGGGAGGGUGAUGAGGAGGAGAAGCAGAAAGAGGUGUCCAUUUCUGAAGCACUUCAAUACUUUAAUAAAGGUAUGUGUUGGUGGCAGCAUUUCAUUAGGCUUUUUAAAAAUUGUAUUUGUAAUAUUUCUCAACUUAGCAUGUGUUUGACUUUAAACACUUUUAGUCUCUAAAGUGGUCCAUAGUGGGGAGUCCUCCCAGGCAGCCAGAAGCUCUGGUUCUAGGAUGGAGGCUGGGGUAGCAGGCAGGGGAGUGAGCAGGGCCAGUCUGAGAGAGGUGGAGGCCAUGGUGGACCAGUUGAGUGGACUAACCCUGCCUGAGUUCCAGAGGGGGAGCCAGGGGGACCAGGAGCACAGGGAGUCCCUCAUGCAGCACAUCCAGGUAAGGACAGAGAGCUAAAGGUAUUGCUUUAUUAUGUGCAAUAUAAUGACGAGGGUGUGCCACUGCUACCAGUACAAUGCAAUAUGAUACAGUACCUCACAACACAAUGAAAUACAAUACACAUUACACAAUCAAUGCAAUGUGUUGAUAAUGGUAUAUUGCAUAAUAUAUGCACAGUACAUAGGUCUCAUCUCUAUUAAAUAUUAUUACAUCCAAAUCCAGUAACAAACGGUUGUGGUGCAGUUUGAAAUUAAUUCUGCGACUGGCAACCUGUUUACCCAUCAGACCUUCUGUUCUAACCUGGAGGAUCUCAUCCAAUGGCUGUACACUGUGGUGGAGAGGAUGGAGGUGCUGGCUCCACCCACUGUGGACAUCGAGAGUGUCAAGUCGUCACUGGCGGAUUAUAAGGUCAGUAUGUACGCACAGAGAUCCUAUAAAUCAAUUCUAAAUGUAAGUCUGUGGUUGUACAAUACACGUCCUUGUUCAAAGGUGAUAACGCUUGGCAUUGUAUCUUGGGAGAAUGGGAAGUGCCUUAUAAUUAAUCACCCCCCUCUGCCCCUUUCUCUCUUUUGCUGUCUUUCUUUCUCUAUUUGCCUCUUUCUCCCCACUCCCUCUGUUUUCCCCUUUGUCUCCUUCACCCCAAUCCCUCUCUCUCGUUCCCCUGCCUCUCCCUCCACAGAGGUUUCAGAGAGAAGUAAACGCCCACCAGCCUCUGACCACCUCUGUUCUGCAGACUGGAGAGCUUCUCCUGGGUUGUAUGACCUCCACUUCUCCCGGUGAGCUUUCCAUCACUGACUAGUUUCUCUUUGCCUGCAGCUAUUUCAUUGGUACCUACUGUAUGUCAGGUGUCACCCACCCUGAUUAUUAGGACAGACAAAUGAGGCUUCCUUCACACAGGAAUGACCCCUCAAGCAGAUCAGCCUGUCAGACCAGACUUCUUCAUAGUAAAGGGUGUGGAAGUGUUUUACUGAAAGAAGACGAUGAGGCCAACACCCCCCUGUACUCUAUUUCCCUUUGUGAAUGCUGAAAUAUGCUUGUGCUCCUUUACUAAAGGAAGAGUAAAAUUAAUUGCGUGACACAGCAACAUAUGAGAUUCUUGAUGUGGGCGUUGCCUGUGUUUUUAAAGGGCUCCAAAUUCAAAUUACAUUACAUGAUUAGCUUACAUGUUUGUGUGAAUGCUACCUUGAUCCAAGGGUAACAUUUAUUGUCUGCUAACAGUGGCGAGCUUGUCUAUUUGUUUCAGGUCUCAUACGGGUCAGUUCAACAGCUAACACUUGCAUACUGUAGAGGUCUGGCAGUCAGGGGUAAUUCUAUACCAACAGUACUCUCCUCUGACCGAAAGAGGAAACGCUGUGUGAGGAGAAUGCGGCCAUGCAUCCAUGACUAGAGAGAGCUGUGUUGGGGCUCUGUUUUUUUCCUCUCUCAUUCCAAACUGUGUCACAGGCAAACAGGAAGGAAUCUUAGUGGGUUGAUUGUACAAAUGUACCACUAAAGUUUCCCAUUUCUCUUUUAUUUCCUCUUCCUCUUUUUAUUUAUAUCUCUAUACUACUCUCCCCCCUCUCUCUCUUCCGCUUCUUAUGUCACCCAGUUCUGAAAGAGACGCUUGGUCUUAUUGAGAGGCAGUCAAGGGCGUUGGAGACCCACUCAGAGCACCUCUUCUCCUCUAUCCUCUCGGCCAUGGACAGCCUGACCCAGCCCAGGGAGCCCAGCGGGGCAGAGGAGACCGGAGCUGGGGACCCCGAUAGGGUGGUCCAGGGGACAGCUCAGUGAAGGCUCCAUGCAAGAUAUGGAUAGUAUGUUUCUGUGGUUACGUAGAGAUGGGGCUAUGAUUACUCUAUAGCACCGUCUAGUUUCGGGCUAUCAGUUUUAUUAUUUAUCAUAAGUAAUUAUUAUCCUUUUCAGUGAUGAAGAAUGAGAGCGGAUUGGUGGAGCAGGCAUGAUGAGGGGGAGGAGCUUCUUCACUGUAACAUUCCUUAAAGGAAAUGACCUGGUUGUGUUGAAAAGAGAACCACUUGACUGUUGUCAUGCUUUUGUUUCAAUCUUUUUUUAAGUGCUUUUUAAAUGUAUGCAUAAUGUGUGCUGAAGAAGCUAAGUAUUAUUUGCCUUGUGAUAUAUGCUCAGGCAGAUGUCUAAUCAUUUCUUUGUUACAGUUAUAACGACCCAGUGCACUCUUCUUGCAACUCACUCUGUUACAUGCUACACACGUAACAUUAUUGUUAACCUAUUUUGAUAUCGCUCUGUGUCAUUUUAGUGUCUUCACUAAACGUGCUGUGGAUUUAGUACACUGGGUAGAGCACUGCAAUAUUUUCUAGCAAGUCUUUUUCAGGGAGAAUUCAUCAGCCAGUUGAUCAUGGUCUCAGGUUGUGUCAUCACCUGUCUCUGGUACAUAAUGUUGAGUCUUUUUCCUUGAGUGAAGGUCCAGAAGGGAAGGUCUGCACUUGUUGAUGCUGUAUAUGUAGACUGGUAAUAUAGGAUGAUGAACCAUUCAGUGCCCUUAGAGUUGUAUUUGAAAUCAGAGGCCUACAUCUAAACUCCUUGAUCAGAUGGCAGCUAUGUGCAAGAUAUGGUCACUGAUAAUCACCAGCCUGAGACAACAGCACAGUUUGGAGGUCCCAUGUUUUUAUGAGUUUGGUACUUUUUGUAUGCAUGGGAAACCUGGAUGAAAAGUGCCUAAAUUCAAUCAGAUCAAGCAUUAACCGGCAAUAGUCGACACCCGCAUACCUGAUGUUUUGGCGGUGUAACUGUGUUGAAGCUGUCAAAUUGGUGAGCAGCUGCUCUUGAU